GCGUGCGUCGCACGUCACCACUUCCGUCGCACGUUGCUCGGUACCCACUCGGCAAUUAGCGGUUUAGCGGUGGAUUUCCUGAACUCCCUCACAUGGCGAACGGCUGUAAAGAAGUGCUGUUCAGCCGCGGGUCCGGUCAGAGCGAUGAUUCAGACAUAUGGGAUGAUACCGCGCUGAUAAAGGCGUACGACAAGGCAGUGGUGUCAUUCAAGACUGCCCUCAAGAGUGAAGAUGAGCCACCGGCCUCAAAGAAAAACCAACCAGGAAAGAAACGCAAAAACAACAAAAAGAACCAGAGCAGGAAAAGAACCAACGCACCGCCUGAUAAAGUGUGGCAGGUUGGGGACUCGUGCUGUGCUUACUGGUCAGAGGACGGCCAGCUCUAUGCAGCCACCAUCUCCGCCAUGGACGAGACGAGGGACACUUGUACAGUUGUCUUUACAGGCUACGGCAACGAGGAGGAGCAGAACCUUGAAGACCUGCUCGCAGAGCUCUCUGAGGGUGAUGACGAAACAGAUGCCAAGGUGAAAGAAGCAGAAUCGUCAACAGAGGAGAGUGAGUCAUCCGCUGCAAACAAGCCCAAACAACAGCCACACAGUAAAGCCCAGAAGUCCAAGGCCCACAAAGAGCCCCCUCCGAUGUGGGCUGCUGGCUUCCCCGGGUUUCCUCCAUGCCCACCUCCCACGCAUGCUUUCAGACAGAAGGGAAGCAGGCAAUCUGGUGCUCAUGGACCUAUACCUCCUUCCUGGCCUCCCAUGAUGCCUUUUGGUCCACCAAUGAUCCCUCCACCUCCACCGAUGAGCCCCGACAUGAUGGAUGACGAGGCCUUGGGCAGCAUGCUCAUCUCCUGGUACAUGAGUGGAUAUCACACAGGAUACUACCUGGGUUUGAAACAAGGUCGCAAAGAAGCUGCCAACUGGACAAAACUGCACCACAAAUGAAACUGUCAAGUCAAGAUUUAAUCCUUGUUUCAAAGGCAAAUGUUGUGAAUUUAGUGUACAUGGUCUGAGAGUUCAUCUGAGAUCAAGGACACAAGUUUUGUAUUCUUUGUAAAUAUAUUAAAUAAAGGCUACCAGAGCACCGUUGGUAA